GUAACCUCUAGUAAAGUAGAGGAAAGCUUUGGCUGCUCUGUCCGGUGUCUUAAGCAAACCUUGACGGCCUGGGUCUUCACCAAUGGAAACCAAUAGAUUUUUGUAGGCUGCAGACAUCUCCGCUACAACUUGAUGCUUGUGCUCGAAACGUUGUAGUUCAUCCAUACGAGGUGAGGGUGAAAAAGCUGACCUAGGAGCUCUCGAAGAGUGGUCAUCAUCGUCACCAAGGUAUUUUACUUCUUUUCUAGCUGAUCUUUCGGGGCUCUUUAAUAAGCUGAGCUCUUUAAUUUUAUUCUCCAAUUCACCAUUGGUGUUCAAAAAGAGCGGCUUCGACAUUUCUUUGUUUUUCACGAAAACGUUAGUGGCCUGAUGGCUUUGUAGAUCGAAUAUUUAUGCACUCAACUUGGCGCCUUCCGGCCAAAACUCAAAUCUUAUUGGUUGAUUUUUAACAUUGGAUCUUUUUGCUCAAUUAGUUUUGUAUGCAAUUCUUGAUCAAAUGUAAUAUUAUAGACAUUUUUUAUACUUUAUUUUAUACUAAUCUGAUAAAAAACCCAACAUUAUCAAACAAGUUUACCCUGUAAUAACCUUGUUCAAGUUUGAGAGCUUUUAGUCAUAUUUGACCUUAGAUACCAACCAAAUUACACAGCAGACGACUCUUUUCUGAUAGAGUUUAAAUUAAAAAAUAUAAUUACCAGCAUCAUCUCGAAUAGGCUACAGAGCUGGUAAAUUAAACCGUGGGCGGAUUUUUGGUGGGAUUGGUGACUUGAAGUAACUCUUAGAAAGGUUAUUGCCCACAUGGAUACUAAAAGUGGAGAACUUAAUUUUACCGACCAAUAUCCCUUAAUAGUAUGCUUAAAAAAAGAUUCUUCAAGAUACGCUGGUUAUCUUAGAUAUGAUGAUCACGAAAUAUUUAUUGACCUUAAAAAACCUACAGACUUAGAUAAAACAAGCUGGUUUAAGUGCGAUAAUAUAAAAUUAAGGAAAUUAACGUCAAAUAUCAGAGAAUCAUUGAACGAAGAAUCCAUUUUGGACAAUAUUAUCCAUCAUUUUUACAAUGAAUCGAAAUCCGUAAUAAAUCAAAAUUCAUUUAAAGACGGUCUACACUUCAAAAACUAUAAACGUUUAGUUGAUGAAAUGGCAGAAAUAGGAUGGAAUAGGAUUCAAUAUGUCGAUGCCGAUUUAAAAGAGAUACAUUUAAGAGGUAUUGACGAAGCUGAUAGAAACCAUUUAUUUAAAAUAAACCUAGACAACGAGUAUCCAAGAGUGGCUCCUAUAGUUAUUUGUUCGCUUCCGGAGAAAUUCGAUUUUAAAUGGAUACCGGAAAAAAGCAAAAUUCUUGACAUUUUUAACGAAUUUGAGGAAUCUCUUAAAAAAUAUCAAUAUCUUUGGAAAAUAUUUGACGAACUGGAAGAGGAAACUUGGGUUAUACAACCUGAUUCUUCUCUUAAAUAUAAAGAGACUUUUAGGCAAAUAUAUAUAGAACAAAGUGUUUCAAUGACAAUUACUGUUGAUGUUAGAUGCCCUCAAUCUUUACCAACUUUAAAAUUUUUAGGACCAACGAAAGAUGCAAUGAAAUAUGAGAAAUUUUUACACGAAAACGCUCAUUUAUGGAACUGUGAAGAAAGUCUUGUUUCUAACUUGGAAAGUAUAUUCGAGAUGAAGUUUAAGAAACGUGACGAAAAUCCAGACUCUUCUCAACCCGAAUGCGGCAUUUGUUUAUUAUUUAAUCAUCCAGAAAGCGAAAAAAUUCCAGAUACGGUCUGUCAGUCGUGUCAACAAACGUAUCAUAGCGCUUGUCUUGUAAAGUGGCUCUACACAAGACCUGAUACAAGAAAAAGUAUGAAACUUGUAUUUGGCAAAUGCUGCCUCUGUAAAAAGCCGAUAACUGUGAAUAUCCAAUAG